UUACAUUACUUUUUUUUUUUUUUUUGGUUUUGCCUUAAAAUAAUCGAGUUCAUCAUUUUAUAAGAAAAAACAAUAAUAAUAAUAUAAAGUCCAUGUCGUGGUUUCUGAUAGCGGCAGCGGCAAUCGUCGCCGUCGUAGCUUACAAGCUGAUCCAACGGCUGAGAUUCAAGUUACCACCCGGUCCACGCCCCAAGCCGAUCUUCGGUAACCUCUACGACAUAAAACCGGUCCGGUUCAGAUGUUACUACGAGUGGGCUCAAUCAUAUGGACCAAUCAUAUCGGUCUGGAUCGGUUCGAUUUUAAACGUCGUUGUAUCUAGUGCGGAGCUAGCGAAAGAAGUCUUGAAAGAGCAAGACCAGAAACUCGCCGACCGGCACCGGAACAGAUCCACGGAAUCAUUCAGCCGCGGCGGUCAGGAUCUUAUAUGGGCGGAUUACGGUCCUCACUACGUCAAGGUGAGAAAAGUUUGCACUCUUGAGCUCUUCACACCUAAACGACUCGAGUCUCUCAGACCUAUCCGUGAAGAUGAAGUCACCGCCAUGGUCGAAUCAGUCUUCAAUGACUAUAACCUUCCUGAAAACAGAACAAAAGGUUUACAGCUGAGGAAGUACUUAGGAGCGGUUGCGUUCAACAACAUAACGCGACUAGCAUUUGGGAAGCGUUUUAUGGACGCGGAAGGUGUGGUGGACGAGCAAGGGCUUGAGUUCAAGGCCAUAGUAUCCAACGGUCUGAAGAUAGGUGCUUCACUGUCGAUAGCUGAACACAUCGAGUGGCUCCGGUGGUUGUGUCCGGCCGAUGAGAAGUCGUUUGCUGAGCAUGGUGCUCGUCGCGACCGCCUCACGCGAGCAAUCAUGGAGGAGCACACUUUGGCCCGUGAAAAGUCUAGCGGAACGAAACAGCAUUUCGUUGACGCGUUGCUUACUUUGAAAGAUCAGUAUGAUCUUAGUGAUGAUACUAUCAUUGGCCUUCUUUGGGAUAUGAUCACGGCAGGGAUGGACACGACAGCGAUUACAGCUGAAUGGGGGAUGGCUGAAAUGAUCAAGAAUCCGGAAGUGCAACAAAAGGUGCAAGAAGAGUUUGACCGAGUGGUUGGACUUGAUCGGAUCUUAACUGAGCAAGAUUUCUCCCGCUUACCUUACUUGCAAUGUGUGGUGAAAGAGUCAUUCAGGCUGCACCCUCCGACGCCUCUAAUGCUCCCUCACCGUAGCAACGCAGACGUCAAGAUCGGAGGCUACGACAUUCCCAAAGGAUCAAACGUCCAUGUGAAUGUUUGGGCGGUGGCUAGAGACCCCGCCGUAUGGAAAGAUCCAUUGGAGUUUAGACCAGAGAGAUUCUUGGAAGAAGAUGUUGACAUGAAGGGACAUGACUUUAGGCUGCUUCCGUUUGGAGCAGGACGACGGGUUUGUCCCGGUGCACAACUUGGUAUCAACUUGGUGACUUCGAUGAUGAGUCAUUUGCUUCACCAUUUUGUUUGGACACCGCCUCAAGGGACUAAACCGGAAGAGAUUGAUAUGUCCGAAAACCCCGGACUCGUUACUUACAUGCGUACCCCUGUUCAAGCGGUUGCAACGCCACGGUUGCCUUCGGACCUGUACAAACGCGUGCCUUACUAUAUGUAAAGAUCUCUCUGAUCUAUCUUUAAUUUGUUGCUGCUGCUCUUGAUUGUUUUUGUAGACAUAUUUCUUUCUGGUGUACCAUCGAAAACUUUUGGUGAAGAUUGGUUGCGUCAA